UCAGCACCUGGGCCAUCUCCCUGAUCGUAUCCCAGACCAGUCCUGAUUCCACGCCCGUCGAGCCGCUGCACAUGUCGCACAUCGAGUUUGUCGCCACCACCACAUCAAAGCACUCGGUCCGGGUCGGCCGCCUGCAGACAUCGUCGGGUGCUUCGCUUGCGACACCGGCGCUGCUCUACUACAACCGCCUCGGAGCCGUCCCGCACUUGAUCAACACCCAUCUGCCUGCACUCCAGAUCGCAGGCUCGGCUGCCUCGGCCGUGGGCGCCUCCGAGUCGGGCCAGCCCACGCAGCCCGACUCGAUCGGCAUGACGGUGGCCAUGGAGGACUUUCUGCCCAUGUUCUCGCCGGGCUUCCCGCGGCCACCAGUGAUCAGCUUCGACCCGGCCCGGGUGUCCCGCUUCUCGAACCGCUUCGACUCACUCGCCUCGUACAUGGCCCUUGACGAGAAGAACUCGAUCAACCCGAUCCUCAUUGCCGACCUGGCCGACAUUGGGGCCUGUUCCGAGCGUGUGGGCUCGAUCCGGAACAAGUUCAUCUUUGGCCGCAUCGGCGGCGUGAACUACAAGGUCUCGCCCAAGGACUACAUCCAGGCUGCAACGGUCCUCAAGCCUGACAUUCUCGUGAGUCUCUUUGACUUUGAGGCCGAGCAGCCGGGCACGCGCACCAAGAGCAAGGUCGACCGCAACCUGGGCUAUCUCGACAUGGUGAUCAAGGAAAAGGCCAAGAGCCUGGCCGCAGCGAGCCUGUGCAUCUUUGGCGUCGUCGAUGGCGGCAGCGACAUGGACGAACGAGCCCGCGCAGCAUCCAAGACGAUCCAGCUCUUUGACAACGACCUUUCGGGCUACGUGCUGCCGUUCUUGGCUCGCACGGACCUCCCGACCUUCCAGCAGAGUCUGCGCCAGACGAUCGGCCAUCUGACCGAGACCAAGCCCCGGAUCUGCUACGGCGUCUCGUCGCUCGAGCAACUCCUGGUCGGCAUCCGCGAGGGCGUUGAUCUCUUUGACAGCAACUGGGUCUGCAAGCUUGCCGAGGACGGAAUCGCCCUCCGGCUCUCCGAGAACACGCCCGAGACCAUGGAUAUGAAGUCCGAUCCGCAAAAAUGGGUCCACGAUCAGACCGUCAUGGUCUCGAACUGCGGAUGCCCCGUCUGCACCCGGCCGUACCAUCGGGCGUACAUCAAUCACUUGUUCAAGGUCAAGGAUAUGCUGCCGCAUGCCCUCCUGAACUCGCACAACCUGUGGCAGUUUAACCACUUUUUCAGCAAGGUCCGGGCAGCGAUCCAGGACGGGACUCUGGGCGAGUAUCUCUCGCAGUUUGAGCACAAGUCCUGAUCUGCGGCGGACUCGCGCGCUUGCAUGUAUGUAUGGGUGCAAGAGUGUGUGCUUCGAUCUGAGACACAAUAGACGACUCCCAGAGUCCUGUCCACUCUCGCGAUCUUGAGGAAGGGAGUCUGUCUGUAUUUC